AUGACACAAGAAAGAGCACCAUUGGAGACUCCAAACAGCAUAGAAGACUUAUCUCCUCACAUACUAGGUGGAACAUCAGCUCCCGAAGGCUACGCACCACAUAUGGCUGGUCUAUUGGUAGGAGAUGUGAUCACAAUGAUUGUCUGUGGAGGGGCUAUUGUGCUGCCAAACUUGAUCCUUACUGCAGCACAUUGUAUUGACGGGUUUGAAGUUCCAGGGGGAUUGAUGAAAACAUUCCAUGCAGUUGUAGGAACCAACAACUGGAGAUCAGGUGGAUAUGCAGUAGAGUUCAAGAGCUACCACAUCCACCCAGACUGGGAUCCUGUCAAUAUAAAGAACGACAUUGGUUUUCUGACCCUCAAGAAGAAGCUGGAGAUGACUGAAAGAGUUCAGCUGGUAGCCCCGAACUUCGACUGGAUUGGAGGGGGUGAAGCUAGUUAUGUGACAGGAUGGGGUGUCGCUACGAACUCAGGCAUCAUUCCAUUCAACCUGCAACUCCUGGAAGUGAGCACCCUGUCUUCCAAGUCCUGUAUGAAGGCGGUCCGUGUGGCCACCGCCACUAUAUGGGCCGAAGCACCCCAUGUGGACCCUGACAUAGAGAUAUGUUCCCUACAUUCGGUUGGCAAGGGAUUGUGUACCGGCGACUCUGGCAGUCCCUUAAUAUCAAGGAGGACGGGCUCCCAAAUCGGCAUAGCAUCGUGGGCAUUCAAAUGCGCUCGUGGAGUUCCAGAUAUGCACGUCAGAAUCAGUGCUUACAAACACUACAUUCAAGAAACUAUGAAAAAAUAUAAAUAGGUACAAAAAAGUGUAGAAAAGUCAAUAAAUAUAAUGAGUAAAAAUUUUA